AUGAUCAGCGCAGUUUUCAUAUUCAACGCCAAGGGCGACGUGGUCAUGGCGCGUCUUCUAAAAGACGGCGUUCGCCAGCUGGUUCUGGAUGUGUUUCGGAUCCAGGUCAUCAACCAGACUUCCAGAGCAGGAACAUCCAAAGACGUCAGAUCGCCUGUUUUGACCUUGGGCAGCACCUCCUUCUUGCACACGCGUGUGGGCACCAUGUGGCUUGUGGCGGUGACGCGUCUGAACCAGGACCUGCUGGUGGUGUUUGAGUUUUUGUUCACUUUUGCGGCUUUGCUUAAGCACUUUUUCCUAAAGGACCCGCUGGCGCCAUUGAAGGAGGACGCUGUCACAGGCAACUUCUGCUCGAUCUACGAAAUGCUCGGCGAAAUGCUCCCUUUCGGUUAUCCCACCAACAUGGAGCCCACGUACUUGGCGCUGGUGAUUCCGGGACUUCCACAGCAAAAGACAGGGUUUGACUUCCACGCGUCUCUCUUGAAGCCGGGCAACGAUAAGGCCGAGAAAGCCGCCGCUACUGCCAUGGACCACAGCUACGACUCCCGCAUGGUGCUGUGGCGAGAGCCGGGCAUCAAGUACCGCCGAAACGAGAUAUUCCUCAAUGUGGAUGAAAAAGUGCAUGUUACGUUGGACAGCCACGGCCGUUGUCUUCGUUCUUACAUUGACGGUGAAAUCACGCUCAAAACGCAUCUUCUGGGCAUGCCGGUGUGCCGCUUUGGCUUUGCUGACGAACGCUCCGAUACCGGUCUCCUUGACAAAAUCAGCCUUGACGACUUCAAGUUCCACAAGUGCGUCGACUUGGCCAAAUACGACACCGACCAGGUUAUCCGCUUCGUGCCGCCGGACGGUGCUUUCCAGCUCAUGCUGUACCAUGUGAGCAACAAGUUUAUGCUUCCAUUCAAGGUGAUCCCGAAAACCAGCAUACAGGGGGACAAGAUGACCAUCAGGAUCAGCUUGCGGUCCACCUACGAGCGUGACGCUCACCAUCCCUACCCCAAAGACGUUGUCAAAAACAAUAUCACCUGCUCCAACGGAAAGGCCAAAUACAACCCAGCCGAAAACUCCAUCUCGUGGAAAUUCAAUAAAAUUUACGGCGAGCUGGAACACUCGCUUACGGCUGAACUCAGGCUUUCGGAGGAUGACGGGUUUUCCCAGAAACACGCUGUCGCCAAGAGCCCUUUGAACCUAGAGUUUUCCAUGGACAUGUACAGCGCCUCCGGCCUUCUGGUGAAGUUCUUGAAGGUUGUGGAAAAGAACAAUUACAGAACCGUCAAGUGGAUCAAGUAUACCACCACGGCGGGUUCCUACGAAAUCAGACCGUAA